UCUGUCACUGUCAAAUGUAGAGCAGGCGACCAUUGGGGACAAGGUAGCGUUGAACAGAAGAGAGAGAGAGAGAUAUAUAGAUAGAGAGGACAGUAGUCGCGUAUUGUCGCAACAUUUUCUUGUGCGUGCAUCAUUAUAAACUUAGUGCCAGCCAGGUCUUCUGUAUUAAUUAUUGCAUGCGUAGAGCAGAUCAUCCAGCGUUGGACUGGCAUCUGGUUACGAAAGAAACGGGACGGCACCAGUGGAAAUACUAUCUGAAAACUCCAUUAGCCUUGCUCCGUUCGUUUUACAAUUGCCAGCAGUCAGUCACAGCAGCCUAUUUCCGAGGACGCGAAUCGCGAUCACAGGGACCGCUGGAGAAGUCUCACGUUUUGUCGUUUGAUUUAUAGACUGGUCACUGUAAUUUACGCAAUAGCCUAGUGUUCUGGACUCAUUGCAUUUUCUUCUCUCUUUGGUCCAAAGUAGUCCAUGCAAGCCUAGUUGCUAUACCAUUUUUUAAGAAACCUACGUGACAGACAGAUUCAAUCAUUACUCUCAAACGGGACAAACGAGGGACCAUGGUGAAUCCUGGAGGUAGCAGCCAGCCCCCUCCGGUGGGAGCAGGGUCCCUGUCCUGGAAGAGGUGUGCGGGCUGCGGGGGGAAGAUCGCUGACCGCUUCCUUCUCUAUACCAUGGACAGCUACUGGCACAGCCGAUGCCUUAAGUGCUCCUGCUGCCAGGCCCAGCUGGGGGAGAUAGGCACCUCCUGUUACACCAAGAGCGGCAUGAUCCUCUGCAGAAACGACUACAUCAGGUUAUUUGGGAACAGUGGGGCAUGCAGUGCUUGUGGCCAGUCCAUUCCAGCCAGUGAACUGGUCAUGAGGGCACAAGGCAAUGUGUACCAUCUCAAGUGUUUCACGUGUUCUACCUGCCGGAACCGGCUGGUCCCAGGGGACAGGUUCCACUACAUCAACGGCAGUCUGUUCUGUGAACACGACAGACCCACAGCACUCAUCAAUGGACAUUUGAGUUCACUGCAGACAAACCCACUACUGCCCGACCAGAAGGUGUGUUAGGAGCAAGGUGUGCAAGAAGCAGGAUGCGUGCCUUCAUUUUAACCCUAGCUUAUUGUCACCCACUACUUUCUGGAUCCCUGUACCAUCCCCGCUGCCCUGCCCUGCCCCCAGCCCCUCCCCCCCUGCUCUCCAGGCACCCAGACUCUUACCUGAGCCCCCAGGCAGCCUCCUCAAUCUACCAAGACCCCCGCUUCUCUCUGUACAACACCCACCCUCGUCCCCACCCUAACUCCCUUUUACGGGAGGACAUACCCCCCCCCGCUUCUCUCUGUACAACACCCACCCUCGUCCCCACCCUAACUCCCUUUUAUGGGAGGACAUACCCCCCCGCUUCUCUCUGUACAACACCCACCCUCGUCCCCACCCUAACUCCCUUUUAUGGGAGGACAUACCCCCCCACGCUUAUGAUACGCCUGAGAUGUGAUUCUGAGGACUCCAUGAUUCUGACACUGGACUGAAAGUAGACUUGAUCAGAACUGGAGGGACACUGAGAAAGAGAGGAAGAGGAACCGAUUUGAGGAUGGACAGAACGAGACAAAGAAAGAGAGAAAAAUACAAAAUGAAGCUAAAUCAAGUUGCGGUUGUUUUUCAAAUCUGCACACAGUUGUACAUUUGUUUUUGUUUUUAGUAUCGGGGGAAAGAAACGACUGUCUCCUUUUAAUGUAUCCCUCUUCUUUUUAUCUCCCACUUGCCUUCCAACCUGAUAUUCGCUUGUUCAUUAUUUGAAGUGUUGUGAAGAGACUGUGUUUCUAUUUUGGUGGUAUGUAAAACAAGACUAGGUUAAAAAGUAUCCGUGGCUUUUUUUGUGGAAACGUAAUACCAUUAUGAUGAGCAUUCUCUUGGUGUAUUUGUAAAACUACCAUGUAUGUAUGCAUGUAAAUGUUUUUUGUCCUGACGUGGCUCACAGUACAUUCUGCUCCUGACACAGCCUAAUGGACCAUACAGACCACAACGAAUGUGGGCCGUGUGCAGCAGGUGUCGGUCCUAUCGCCUCUGACCACAAACCCACGGCCGGCAGUUUCUGUUCACUUACCGACGAUUCUUCAUGUUGAAUCACCUCCGCUCAUCGACACAGAUGAUCUACUGCACACAGCCAAUGUUGGUGUUGGUCUUUCCUGUCCUUAACCCCGACUCCUCUCCUCGCAACCUAAACCUGAACCUAAACCUGAACCUAAACCUAAACCUAAACCUAAACCUGAACCUGAACCUAAACCUGAACCUAAACCUAAACCUGCACCUAAACCUGAACCUAAACCUGAACCUGAACCUAAACCUAAACCUGAACCUGAACCUAAACCUAAACCUGAACCUAAACCUGAACCCAUGGCUUAACAAAAGAAAGAUGUUCAGAGUCACUAAUGUAGAGAUUUUCACCAACCCUAUAAAUUCAUGAAUGAAAGAAAAAUCUAUUUGUGAUAUUUUCAGAGACAUUUGCUCCAGUAUGGUGUAUUUGAUUAAUAAAAAUGAUUAUGAUACAGAAAAGCUUCCUCAAUUUACUGCUGGCCGUUCUACACUUUGUUUUACCCAACAUAUUCCAUCAUUUAUUCAAUUUUACACUUGGCAGUCUGCCAGUGACGAAAAUGACAGGAGUUGGCUUAAACUUGGGUAGGCUACAUAUCAUAUACUUUAUUAGUUCUGUGUCUUAAUUAAACUACAUUUACUAUAGGUCUUGAGGGAUUUCAGUUCUUAUUUGACUGUAAUUUACCGUGUGGUCAUCCUGGUUUGUUUUUCAUUACAUUUCCGUAGCUAAUUUAUUUCCAACAGACCUGUUUUUAGCCCAAACUGAACGAGAUAAUAACUGCAUUAAGUCUCAUUCAUUGUCCAGACACUCCUCUCUUUUUAAUGACAGGCCUUCAUUAUGAAACUACUCACAUUACGAAUAUAGAAAAACAUGAUUUCUGCACAGCCGUUAUCAGUUUUGAUGAGGAGGAGCAUCUAACUCAACUGAAAAUGGAUAAACAUGUUUUUUCUCUCUUUCCUGAUCAAAUGAACAUUUUCCAUUUAUCAACUCUAAUACUCUGUUAGGUCAUCAACUCUAAUACUCUGUUAGGUCAUCAACCCGGAUGCUCUGUGAGGUCAUCAACUCUAAUACUCUGUUAGGUCAUCAACCCGGAUGCUCUGUGAGGUCAUCAACUCUAAUACUCUGUUAGGUCAUCAACUCUAAUACUCUGUUAGGUCAUCAACCCGGAUGCUCUGUGAGGUCAUCAACUCUAAUACUCUGUUAGGUCAUCAACUCUAAUACUCUGUUAGGUCAUCAACUCUAAUACUCUGUUAGGUCAUCAACCCGGAUGCUCUGUGAGGUCAUCAACUCUAAUACUCUGUUAGGUCAUCAACUCUAAUACUCUGUUAGGUCAUCAACCCGGAUGCUCUGUGAGGUCAUCAACUCUAAUGCUCUGUUAGGUCAUCAACCCGGAUGCUCUGUGAGGUCAUCAACUCUAAUACUCUGUUAGGUCAUCAACCAUAAUCUGUUAGGUCAUCAAUUCUAAUACUCUGUUAGGUCAUCAACCCUAAUAGUCUGUUAGAUCAUCAAUCCUAAUUCUCUGGUAGAAGUAGUGGAACAUAUAUCUUUGAAGAUUCAAUUACCGCCGAGAGAGAGAAGGUAGAGAGUGAGAGAAGACAGACAGAGCGGGUAGAGAGAGAGAGAGAGAGGGGUAGAGAGAGAGAGAGAGGGUAGAGGGAGAGAGAGACGGUGGAGUGUAAGAGAGAGAGAGAGGGUAGAGCGUGAUAGUGAGAGAAAAACGUUUGACCUCUGUCAUUGCCAACCAAGUGUAUAUAACACAUUAUUGAGAUACACUUUUGUUAUUGAACAAAUACUUAUUUUCCACCAUAAUUUGCAAAUAAAUUCAUUAAAAAUCCUA